AUGAACAGGGCAGCUAAGCUUCAGAAUUCGAAGGCCAUCCUCUCCCCCGUUUGGAGUCGCCUCUCCGACGUCGUCAUCGAGAGGGGCCAGGGCAGUUUCGUCUACACCUCGUGCGGUCGCAAGCUGUUGGACUUCACCAGCGGCAUUGGCGUUACCAACACCGGCCAUUGCCACCCCAAGGUCGUCAAGGCAGCCCAGGACCAGGUCGGCAAGUUGAUGCACGUCCAAAUGGGCAUCGCCUACCACGAGCCCGUACUUCAACUCGCCGAAGAGCUCAAGACCGUGGUACCGAAGGGUCUCGACCAGUUCUUCUUCAGCAACAGUGGCGCUGAGUCGGUCGAAGCCGCACUCAAGCUUGCCCGCCACGCUACCGGAAAGCCCAACAUCAUCAGCUUCCAAGGCAGUUUCCACGGACGCACUAUCGGCGCCAUGUCGGUCACCAACAGCAAGAACGGCUACAGGGCUGGAUACGCUCCUCUCAUGGCCGGCGUUCAUGUCGCGCCCUACGCGCACUGCUACAGCAUGAAGGGUCCCCUUUCGGGCAGCUUCUCGCCGACCAACGGCCAAAUCAGUGGUGGUCACAACGCCAAUGGCCAGGUCAACGGUGGUGGUAGUAAACUCAACAGCACCCAGCGCGCCCAGACCUGCGGCCAGUCUGCUUGCUGCAACGAGCCGCUCAACCAGAUCGAGAACAUCCUCGCCACUCAAUCAGCUCCCUCCGAGACGGCGGCCAUUCUCCUGGAACCCGUCUUGGGUGAGGGUGGUUAUGUGAUGCCGCCCAGGUCCUUCAUGAAGGGUGUUCGCGAGAUCUGCGACAAGCACGGCAUCCUUAUGAUCCUGGACGAAGUUCAGACCGGCUUCGGCAGGACCGGCAAGUGGUUUGGCCUUGAGCACUUUGACAUCAAGCCCGACAUCCUCUGCUUCGCCAAGGCCCUCUCCUCCGGCUUCCCCCUCAGCGGCAUCGCCGCCUCCCCCGAGAUCCAGAGCAAGUGGGUGCCUGGCUCGCAUGGCGGUACCAUGGGCGCCAAUGCAGUCGCCUGUGCUGCGGCGACGGCGACGCUCCAGGUGAUCAAGGAGGAGGGCUUGGUGGAGAAGGCCCAGGUGCGCGGCGAGCAGCUCCGUUCGCUGCUCCACCAGCUCAGGGAGCGCUACCCGCAGAUCGCCGACAUCAGGGGGCCGGGCCUCAUGGUCGCCGCCGAGUUCUACACGCAGGCCGACGACGUGCGUCCCUUCCCCAACCACGACCCACGCUACGCCGUCAAGAAGGGCUUCACCGGCGCCCUCACCAAGAAGUGCGUCGAGAACGGCAUGCUGUUGCUGAACACCGGCAUUCACGAGACCGUGCGCUUCAUUCCGGCGCUGAACGUGAGCCAGGAGGAACUCGAGCUGGGCUUCGACAUUUUUGAGCAAUCGAUGAAGGAGACCCUCAAGGAAUACUACGUCGAGAGGGACACCGAGGCCAGGCCUCCGCAGCAGCAGGUGCCCUUCUUCAUGCCGCUGAACGACGAACAGGGCGGCAAGAAAAUGCGCAUGUAA